AAUGCCUCCAGCUGAGGGUGUCCGAGGAGAGUGUCCAUGCACAUGUCAACCGAAUUUGGACGCUGACAGUCUACUUUGGCGUUUUCCAUGAUCUUCGUUGUCUGAGCAUUUCGUGAUUUGCACACCACCUGAAAUACUAGACCCCUCGUUUCCGUCGCACUUCCGCGGCUCUUGCGGUCUUCGAAACUUUCCACCAGGCUUGGCCGUAGAAUGCUUAUCUUCUCAGCCCUGCCGAACCCGCCGAAAUCUCAAUCAAGGCUUCAUCUUUACCAGAAAGCAAAAUGUCCGAUGACAAAGGCGACAGCCCUUUGUCCACUCUCAGCAAUGUCGUUGGCCUGUUGACAUUCACUCUUGGACUUCUCACACUCGUUGUUACCUUCCUUUCUAUCACACACAGCGCGGACAGGGAGAUCGAGGAUAUCCAAGAGAAGCUGCAAGCGAGAGAAUGCCACAUCAGUCAGAUAGAAGACCACUUUAACAAGCUCGAGAACGAGGCGCACUCGGACUGGGAAGGUAGUAAGAUUAGGAGCAACUUUUUGAUGACCCUCAACAAAAUUAAGGACUAUCAUCUAAAAGCAACAGUUGAGCUCGAGAAAAACAGCAAAAAGCACCACUGGUGGUGGUAUAAUCGGCCUGACGUAAUGGGUGCCGUGGCUGCGAUCGAGACACAAUUUCAACACCUAAACACCAUCCAGUUAACUUUCCUCCUCAUCACCACGAGAAGCCAAGAAGACAACAUCAACGAGAUCGAAGCAACCCUCAAUAAAGUGAAGCAAGCACUGAGAAAACUCUCAGACUCUGACUGAACCACAACAAGCACUCCCCUUCCACGCGGUCCCCAACAGCAAUCACUCUUCAUCACACCUCCC